AUGCCUAAGAACAGCAAGGUGACCCAGCGUGAGCAGACCCAUGAGCAUGUGGUCACGGCGUCAGUGGCCGACCUGCUGGCCCACGAGGAGCCUCUUGACUACAAGAGCAGUUCUCUGAACGUUGGAGGACCCGCAGGGCAAAAGGGUCCCACAGAUAGCCCCGAGGACGAUGGGCGUCCCGCAUGGAACAACAAACUGGAGUACAUUCUGGCCCAGGUGGGCUUCUCUGUCGGCCUGGGCAACGUGUGGCGUUUCCCCUACCUGUGCCAGAAGAAUGGUGGAGGUGCUUACCUGGUCCCUUACUUCAUCCUCCUCAUCCUCAUUGGCAUUCCUCUGUUUUUCCUGGAGCUGGCUGUGGGCCAGAAAAUCCGGCGUGGAAGUAUCGGAGUGUGGAAUUAUGUCUGCCCUCGACUAGGGGGCAUAGGGGUGUCCAGCUUAAUGGUAUGUGGCUUUGUCGGGCUGUACUAUAACGUUAUCAUUGGCUGGAGUAUCUUCUACUUCUUCCAGUCUUUCCAGUAUCCUCUCCCAUGGAGUGAGUGUCCCAUUAGGAGGAAUGGGUCACUGGCAAUCGUUGAGCCAGAGUGUGACAAAAGCUCUGCCACCACCUACUUCUGGUACCGUGAGACUCUGAAUAUCACCAGCACCAUAGCAGACAGCGGAGGUCUCAACUGGAAGAUGACUGUGUCCCUGUUGGUGGCAUGGUUCAUUGUCUUUUUGGCCGUCAUUAAGGGCAUCCAGUCCUCUGGGAAGGUGAUGUACUUCAGUUCUCUCUUCCCCUACGUGGUCCUCUUCUGUUUCCUCAUCAGGGGUAUGUUUUUGAGGGGCGCUGUUGAUGGCAUUGCACAUAUGUUCACACCUAAGCUGGAGAAGAUGUUGGAGCCUCAGGUGUGGCGUGAAGCAGCUACUCAAGUCUUCUUCGCCCUGGGUCUUGGCUUUGGUGGAGUCAUUGCCUUCUCAAGCUAUAACAAGAGCGACAACAACUGCCACUUUGAUGCUGUAUUGGUCUCUGUCAUCAACUUUAUCACUUCCAUACUGGCAACGCUGGUGGUAUUUGCCGUGCUUGGCUUUAAGGCUAACAUUCUGAAUGAGAAGUGUGUCAUUGAGAAUGCAGAAAAGAUCCUUGGCUACCUGAAUUCCAAUGUGCUAAGUCAUGACCUUAUCCCUCCACAUGUGAACUUUUCCCACCUAACAACGUCGGACUACGCGGAAAUGUACACCGUCAUCAAAACUGUGAAGGAGGGCAGCUUUGCACAGCUGGGUUUGGAGCCGUGCUUACUAGAGGAUGAGCUCAACAAGGCAGUGCAGGGGACUGGUCUGGCCUUUAUUGCCUUCACUGAGGCCAUGACUCAUUUCCCGGCUUCCCCCUUUUGGUCGGUCAUGUUUUUUUUCAUGCUCAUAAACCUGGGACUGGGCAGCAUGAUUGGCACCAUGACUGGCAUCACCACGCCCAUACUGGACACCUUUAAGGUGCGCAAGGAGGUCCUCACAGUGGGAUGCUGCAUUGUGGCUUUUUUCUGUGGCCUGCUGUUUGUACAGCGCUCAGGAAAUUACUUUGUGACCAUGUUUGACGAUUACUCAGCUGGGCUGCCGCUCACUAUAGUUGUCAUCCUGGAGAACCUGUCUGUUGCCUGGAUCUAUGGUACUAAGAGGUUCAUGCAGGACCUGGAGGACAUGCUGGGAUUCAGACCAUACAGGUUCUACUUCUACAUGUGGAAGUAUGUGUCCCCACUGUGUCUCAUCGUUCUCAUUUCCGCCACCGUUAUUGAGAUGGCCAUCAGUCCACCAGGAUACAAUGCUUGGGUCCAGGAACUGGCUCAGGAGCGUUUUCAGAGUUACCCGCCCUGGGCGUUAGCCAUGUGUUUUGCGCUCAUCGUUGUGGCCAUGCUUCCUCUCCCCGUGGUGUUCGUCGCUCGUCAGUUCAACCUGCUCUCCGACGGUUCCAACAAGCUCUCCGUCUCCUACCGCAAGGGAUGCAUGAUGAAGGAUAUGUCCAAUCUGGAAGAACAGGAUGAAACUCGCUUCAUUCUCAGCAAGAACCCCAGUGAAGCACCCUCCCCAAUGCCCACACACAGGGCCUACCUCGGGCCUGGCAGCGCUGUCGCCCCUAAAGACCCCAAUUCCCUGUCCCCCAGUAGCUGCUAUGGGACUGGCUACCAAAUGGCCACCACGCCAGAGUCUGACUGA